CCCCCUCGUCCCGCCUCGUCCUCCUUGUGUGCUAACGCCUAGCGCCAGUCUUUGGCCUUGACGAGGAGGGCUUCCGAGUGCCUCGCGAUGGGGGCUUUGCGAGUGCCUCAUUAAGGGCGGCAGGCGGUGAAUCUGCCAUUUGUUAGCCCUGCUGAUCGUCGGGGUCGACGGGCAUAGUGGUGAUGGCGGGGUAUAGGCUCCUUCGACCAGAUAUUGCCAUAUAUGGCAAUUUCUGGUUACGGGCGUUUACUAGGUUUGGAUUUCAGUCACAAACCGGCGCCUAAAUACUCGUAAUAGAUGCAUGACUUCACCGAGAUGGACUUGCUCAUUAAGCACUUACACAUCUAUAUUAUCAGGCAUCUGAAUCAUCGUAACUAGAUCCGUCAAACUUCUCAAAGACCUUUGGGUUUCUUUGUUACCUCGACACUUAAAAUACACACUCUACCCCAAAUUCACCUGGUAGCAAACAGCUACCCCCAACGACACCAUGUCUUCUCCUCCAUUUAACAACAACACGCCUGCAUGGCAACUACCAGCUGACGACAGAAUCCCACGCAACAUCUACUCAUACAGUCACGGCGAAGGGGCCCUGAGCUUGAUGGACAACUCCCACUUCAGCACCGGCCGAACCUCCGACACCGCGUCCAGGAGGCACCCCAACGCCAUCCAAUCCCGCCCCCCCACCUCCCUCCCCAGCAUCACCCUCCUCUCCACCCCCAGCUCUCCCAGCAUGUUUGCCUCCCUCAAAGCCUCCCUCCGCCGCAAGAAGAGCAACCUUUCCACCUCCUCCUGCAACUCCAACUCCGCCGACGAGCGCGAAGCCGCCCGCGCCCCCCCCUCCCCCGUCUCCCCCAUCCCCGUCGAGCUCCCAACAACAACCCUCCAACCUCCCGAGCGCCCUGAACUCCUCAACCCCAGCCCUCCAACCCGCCGCCCCGUCCGCGCAGGCUUCAACGCCUUCACCGUCGCCUCCAACGAGCCUCCACCAGCAUACACCCCCUCCCCCACCGCAGCAUCCGGCCCGGCUCUCGGCCCAUCCCCCGCCUACACACCUCCCACCCCUAUCACGACCACCAGCAGCGGCCCAGAAGACCCCUACUCCUUCCUCACAACUUUCGACACCGUCCUCCUCAUCGACGACUCCGGCUCUAUGGCGGGCCGCUCCUGGCGCGAAACCUCCCAGGCCCUCGCCGCUCUUCUCCCCACCAUCGUCGCCCACGACACCAACGGGAUAGACCUCUACUUCCUGAACCACAAGUCCGCUGACCCCGGUGUGCCGGGUGAGGGGAUCGCGGGGGGGGGGUACAGGAACAUCACUACGGCUGAGCGGAUAACUUCUAUUUUCGCCGCCGUGAGACCUGGUGGAGGAACACCGACUGGUACUCGGCUGAGCGCGAUUCUAAAACCCUAUCUCGCGCACCUAACCGCCCAGCGCGGCACGAACGCCCUAAACACCGACGCCAUGGACGCCGUCAAGCCCCUCAACAUCCUCACCAUCACCGACGGCGUCCCCAGCGACGACGUCGAGAGCGUCCUCCUCGUCGCAGCCAAGAAGCUCGAUAAGCUCGAAGCGGCACCCCACCAGAUCGGCGUGCAGUUCUUCCAGGUCGGGAAUGAGGAGGGCGCUAAGGAGGCGCUUAAUGAGCUUGAUGAUGGAAUUCAGGGGCUCGUGAGGGGGGGGGUCAGGGAUAUGGUGGAUACGUGCACGUGGAUGAGCGGCCCGGCGGAGGAGGGGGAGGCGCCGAAGUUGACGGGGGAGGGGAUGUUGAAGGUUUGUCUGGGGAGUGUGGUUAAGAGGUUGGAUCGGAGGUGUAGUCAGGAGCAGAGGAGAUAGAUGGAGCUUUUCUUUUGCUUUGUGACGCGUUUGGAUGGCGGUCGGUUUAGGGAUGGCGUUUAUACGGCGGGGAUUUCAUACCCUUAUUAUCUUUAUUUGCUUCGGCACCACAGAAUAGAGGAAGCACAGCA